UUACGAAACCACACGUCCUAUUUGAUUCUAGACAACUUUCUCCCCUUUUAAACCUGCAAAAUGAGGGCCAAGCGAUCAAAGAAGUAUCGCAAGCUUAUGCACCAAUAUGAGAUGACUUUUGGCUUCCACGAACCUUAUCAAGUGCUCGUGGACUCAAAUUUCUUGCGCGCUGUGCACCAAUUCAAGAUGGAUCUGAUUCCCGCCUUGGAACGGACAUUACAAGGCAAAGUCAAACCACUACUGUCAAAAUGCUCUCUUGCCGCUAUAAUGGCGGCCCAGCCAAUCAACCCCCGGACGAACAAUCCUUUCAGACCUCAACAUCUCCCCCCGCCAACCGUCCUCCCACUCCGACACUGUUCCCAUAACGAAGACGAUACCCCCAUCGACGAAGUCGAAUGCCUAUUAUCAUUGCUUUGUCCGAACACAGAGACGAUGCGUAACAAAGAACAUUAUACCCUCGCCACCGCUGAGCCAGUUGCGCUGGCUCAUGACGAACUGGACUCUAAUGAUGCAAAGAAACGAAGACGUGCAGAAGCAGCUUUUAAUGAGAGGAAUGAGAAAUCCAGUGCGCUUCGGUCCGGUGCGAGGUCUAUCCCUGGCGUUCCUAUUGUCUAUGUGAAGCGCUCGGUUAUGGUUUUAGAGCCGCUCAGUAUACCGUCUGAAAGGGUUCGAAUAGGAGUGGAGAAGGGCAAGUUUAAAACAGGCGUCCAGGCUGCGUUGGAUGUUGUCAGUAAUUUGAAGAGGAAGAGGGAUGACGAAGAAGAGGAUCCUGUUUCUCGAACCCGAGGCCCUAAGAAAGCUAGGGGGCCUAAUCCGUUAAGCAUGAAGAAACCGAAAAGUCGGGCCAAGCAGACGCCUGAUCAAGAAGGAAAGAAAACAAAGUCGAGGCCAAAAGAAAGUGAAGCCGGUGGCGAUUUGGAUAAUGCUGAUGGGGAAACAACCUCAAUGCCCAAGACGAAACGGAAGAGAAGGCACAAGAACACCAAGACUGAAGCAGACAGUACAGAAAUUCCAGCAGAAUCACUAACAACUGGCGGAAUAGAGGAUUAGCGGCUGUCUUGAUGUUUUUCAUUGUAUAUCAUUUCAUGGCGUUUCACAGGCCUUUUACUGGAGUUUAUGUCAUUUCUAUCGAUGCAAAAGUGAAAAGUGAAAAAUUGGAAUUUAAGAAUGGAG